UCCGCUGCUUCGCGACUCCUCUCCGACUCUCCGCACAGGACUCCAACCGCCUCGCCGUUGCAUCGCCGCGGGCGUCAACCUAGGCUGCUGCCGGUACCGGUGCGUCCCCAGCCAUGGCUCGGCCGCCGCAGGAGGCGAUCGACACCUUCGUCAGCAUCACCGGCGCCGACGAGGUCACCGCAGUCCGCGUGCUCGAGGAACAUGGUCAUGAUCUAAAUGAAGCUGUGAAUGCUUAUUUUAAUGAAGGAGAUAGGAUCUUUGGGGAAGUUAUCCGUGUGGCUGGAUGGGUCGGAGGAGGCCGGUGUGGGCUAGCCGUGGUGGCCAGCACUCGGGGGCGACGACGACGACGAUGUGCGAUUAUACCGUAAGGGCAUAAUCGGGAUAAGCCUUCGCGGGCCCACUUGCCAGGUGCCCCAAAAGUAUCCGUGACCCCUUCUGGCGAGCGAUCAGACUUGAGCGACCCGUUUUUACGAGUACAGCUAGAAGCGGUGUGUUUUGCAGAGCGGCAAGCUAGAGCGACCCAUUUUGCCAAAUUUCUCUCCACCAUCGAUUCAUUCUUGAAUUGCAAUUGCGUAGGUGGCACUUGAAGAAGCCUCUAUCUACGAGUACGAGUACAGACUACAGACACCACACCCACACCCACACGGCCACACACAGACCACCGUGCGCUGGGGGAAGAGAGCAAAAUUGUCUCUCCAUCUCUCUUAUUUUCUUUUUUAGCUUUAUAAAAUAAUGAAACGACAUUACAACAUUUAUGUCAAGUUUCGUAAUGGUAUUCAAGCGAAGCCCGUUCGAUUAAUGGUAAAGUGUUGAAACCCAGUUUUAAUAAUGGCAUAAUUCAGAUUUGUAUUCAUUCAAGCAGUAAGAAAAUAUGGACAAUUAGCUUAACAACAUAGUAGAGGAAAUCUGAAAUUUAGCAUAGAAAUUUUAUUGGUUGUCAGCAAAAAUCUUCAUGCUCGUGUUGAUGCCCCGGCGGCGCGCCUCGGCCUCGAGCAACGGGCAACGGAUGAGGUUACUUCCGCGUCCACUUUUGAGAAACACUUCGAUCCGAGGGUGCAUGCGGCUGAUGAGCAUGAUCUCCCGCCGUAGCUUGUCAUCUGUCAUUCUCGCCAUCUCCUCCAAAUCCGUCCUAUUGGGCAUUACCACGCCGGGUAUUACUACGCCUACAUAUCUGCCCUCUUCAUCAAAUCUGCCUCCCUGUUGGCUGCCGUCGUCAAAAACAUCCACCCAUGGUACGGUUCUAUGUUUGCGUUUGCGGCCCCUCCCCAUCGCCAAUCACAAAUCCACGGUUAACAAGUCCACGAUCAGCUAGGGGCGGGAGAGAGAUGCGGCGAGGCCUGAGGUUGGAGGUGGCGGUUGCAGACCUGAAGUGGACUAGUAAAAAUUGGCAACUCUGCCUGGGGCUUGUUGGGAAUUCUGCCUGGUUAACAAGACCUGAAGUGGACUAGUAAAAAUUGGCCCGGUGGCAGAGUUGCCAAUUUUUACUAGUCCACUUCAGGUCUGCAACCGCCACCUCCAACCUCAGGCCUCACCGCAUCUCUCUGCCCUCCCCUAGCUGAUCGUGGACUUGUUAACCGUGGAUUCGUGAUUGGCGAUGGGGAGGGGCCGCAAACGCAAACAUAGAACCGUACCAUGAGUGGAUGUUUUUGACGACGGCAGCCAACAGGGAGGCAGAUUUGAUGUAGAGGGCAGAUAUGUAGGCGUGGUAAUACCCGACGUGGUAAUGCCCAACAGGACGGAUUUGGAGGAGGAGAUGGCGAGAAUGACAGAUGACAAGCUACGACGGGAGAUCAUGCUCAUCAGUCGCAUGCACUCUCGGAUCGAAGUGUUUCUUAAAAAUGGACGCGGAAGUAACCUCAUCCGCUGCCCGUUGCUCGAGGCCGAGGCGCGCCGCCGGGGCAUCAACACGGGCAUGAAGGUUUUUUGCUGACAACCAAUAAAAUUUCUGUGCUAAAUUUUAGAUUUCCUCUACUAUGCUGUUAAGCUAAUUGUCCAUGUUUUCUUACUGCUCGAAUGAAUAGAAAUCUGGAAUUAUGCUAUUAUUAAAACUGGGUUUCAACACUUUACCAUUAAUCGAACGGGUUUCGCUUGAAUACCAUUACGAAACUUGACAUAAAUGUUGUAAUGCCGUUUCAUUAUUUUAUAAAGCUAAAAAGGAAAUAAGAGAGAUGGAGAGACAAUUUUGCUCUCUUCCCCGCAGCGCACGGUGGUCUGGGUGUGGCCGUGUGGGUGUGGUGUCUGUAGUCUGUACUCGUACUCGUAGAUAGAGGCUUUUCAAGUGCCACCUACGCAAGUGCAAUUCAAGAAUGAAUCGAUGGAGAGAAAUUUGGCAAAAUGGGUCGCUCUAGCUUGCCGCUCUGUAAAACACACCGCUUCUAGCUGUACUCGUAAAAACGGGUCGCUCAAGUCUGAUCGCUCGUCAGAAGGGGUCACGGAUACUUUUGGGGCACCUGGCAAGUGGGCCCGCGAAGGCUUGUCCCGAUUAUGCCCUUACGGUAUAAUCGCAUGCCGUCUGUUUCCCUUCCUCUUCUCUGGACGCCGAGGACUCCUUCUCUGUCUUCGCACGCAGCUUCCUCCUCCUCUGUCCAAGCGGCGGUCGUCGGAGACGAACCUGGGAACGGCGACGGCGGAUGUGCGACGGACGCGAGCGGGUGGAUCCAGUGGUCGUCCAAUCCUGUGAUAUCCGGUGACGACGACGUCUACCACUCCCUCCACUUUUCAGCUUGGAGAAGAUGGGAGCUCUCAACUGGGCCAAAGUAGUUCAUGAGCACCAAGGGUGGCGCCUCAUUAGCUGUAUCUGGCUCCAUGCUGGCCUAGUUCACUUGGUUGUCAACAUGCUAAGCUUGCUCUUCAUUGGAAUCCGCCUUGAGCAACAAUUUGGGUUUGUGCGCACUGGUGUCAUCUACUUGAUAUCUGGCUUUGGGGGCAGUGUGUUGUCUGCACUUUUCUUACACAGUAACUACAUCUCUGUUGGUGCCUCUGGGGCUUUGUUUGGCCUCCUUGGAUCUAUGCUUUCAGAGCUUAUUAUGAACUGGACUAUCUAUUCCAACAAGGCAGCGGCAAUCAUAACUCUACUUUUUAUAAUUGUAAUUAAUCUGGCCAUUGGGAUAUUACCUCAUGCUGAUAAUUUUGCUCACCUUGGUGGAUUUGCUUCUGGAUUUCUUAUUGGAUCUGUGCUGCUGGCAAGACCUCAAUUUGGUUGGAUGGAACGCAGCGAGCUACCUCAGACUAAUCAACCUCCAAAGUACAAAUCGUACCAGUAUGUCUUGUGGGUUGCUGCACUCCUCUUGCUGGUAGUUGGGUUUGCCAUUAUCUUGGUCAUGCUCUUCAAAGGUAAGAAUGGGAACGACAGCUGCCACUGGUGCCAUUACCUGAACUGCGUACCAACGUCCAGAUGGAAGUGCGAUACCUGAAUUCCGCGAACUAUAUGCUCCACUAGUGUUCGUGUGUUUGUGGAAAUGUACGACCAAAUGUUCCACUUGACCAUCCUGCGCUUCUUUUGCCCGGAUUCUCCCUGGUUCCAUGAAAUACAAAUGUUCCAGAAUUGUAGCACGAGCUUAUAACUGUUGAUUUCGGCAUAAUUGAUGUAUUCAUCUCACCAAACUCUAUAGCACCACCUUGAUAAUUUUAGACGGCCAAUCUAAAGUAUUCAGAUUUUGCGAGUGUCCA